GCCGCGCGCCAGUCACGAACAACGUCGGCAACUGUCGACGUCGCACAGUCGCACGUCGCUGCCGCCGCCGCCGAUUUACGAAAUACAUUACGUACGCGCGCGAACGGGUUGAAUAGAGAGAAAAAAAAAAACAAAAUUCUUCCUGUAUCACUCGUCGUCUCUUAUCGCGACCAAUACACCGGAGCGAUAACGCGCGUGCGCGCGCCCCGUCACACGGCCGCGAUGACCGUUCGCGGCUGAGGGGCCCUGUCCGGACCGACAGCCGUGCAUGCGACGUCCGUGUGUACGACGACGGGCCCGCCUCGAGCUGCUACGGCCGCGUGUGCUGUUCACCGGACCGCAGACGCCGCCUCCGCCGCGACCGCCGCCGCCGCCGCCGAACAGGACGACGACGACGACGACGGGCGGAAAGCGCGACGACCACAAUGCCGCCUCCCCCACGGACGAUUUCGUGACGACGGCAAUUGGAUUUUUGAGCUGCUUUUGGGAGUAUGGAAGAACAAGAAACUAUGAACAAAACAUUGCCACUUGCUAAGAAGCAGAAAAUUAAUGACAGUGAAUAUCGUUUGGUAGAUUUAAACGUUGAUACAAUUAGUUUAAACUUGACAAAGCAUUGUCUGUGUCAAUUACCCGAAACAUGCAUGCUAAAAGAAGUUUUUAGGGUCUCAAAUGUUAGUAGUUGGAGUAAAGAACGACUUUUAAAUUUUUUGAGUUCAGCUCGGUUGACUUGUGAUAUCGCCCUCAAACAACAAUCGGAAGGUACUAUAUGCACUAGUGUUGAGCGGUUAAGUAAUUAUUUGAUUUCUAAUAAAACCGGUAUCAUAAAUGAAGUUGUAUCUUUACUUACACAAACAGAUCCUUACAUAUCAUACGCAGCAAGUAAUGCUUUAGCAGAAAUAUUUGUAUGUUCGCAAAAUAAAAUAGAUAAUGUAUGGGUAGAGGAGUUAACAGAUUUAUUUCUUCGUCGAUCUCCUGAAACUUUAUGUCCUGUUAUAUCAGUUUUCAAACGUGUAUUGUGUUGGAGAGAUUCACAAAUGAACGAUAAUGAAAAAAAUAUCAAAGUGCCUGAAAAUUGUGUUAGCAGAAAAGUUAUUUUUGAAGAUGAUGAAAUUGAGAUGGACGAUGAAUUUGGAAUAAGCCUUGUUAAAACUAAAGUUAUUGAAGUUUUACAAACUCAAUGGAAAAUGAUUGUAUUGAAAUUUAUUAGGUAUAUGUCUUCUUUUGAUCACUUUACAGAUCUUAAUAAUGAACAAUCCAGUCAUAAAAUGGGACAUAUUGCCAUCAUAGAAUUUAUCAAGUUAUGGACUUCGAUGGUUUCUAUUAAAACUAAUCUGAAUGUUAUGAACAUUAAAUACUUUUAUGCAGAUUUAGGACAAAUGCUUAUUCUUUUGAGGAGGCCGAAAGUUCAACCAGUAGUUUGGAAGAAUAUUAUUAAUCUUUUCAAUGAAAGUUUGUGUUACACUACCACAUUGGCUGUACAAGGUACCAUGCAAGAAGAACCUUGUAUGUUGGCUAGAGAAUUAGUCAAGGUUGUCAAAACUAAAAAUAUGUUGAAUAACAUGCCAUUCCGAAAAGGUCCCGGAGAAUUUGGAGGAGGAGAAGAAGAUGAAGGAGAUAAAAAAUUAUUACAAGACACAGUUUUAUUAAUUUUAAAAGCAGUGGCUACAAUCAUCAAGGAAACAAAAAAUGAAUCAUCAUCCAGUGAUUCUUCAUCUGAUGAAUCGGAAGACUCUGAAGAAAUAGAUGCUGAGAUGGCAAUAAUUGAAAGUAGUGUCAAUGAAGUUUUACGGAAGCUUGACACGUGUGUUAAGAAGUGUAUGUCUUAUCUACCUGAAACUCCAAUUGCACAGUGGAUUGUGCAGUUAUUUUCAGAUCGCAACGAUGUACUUAUUGAGAGUAUGGUUUGUACCCUUGAUAUUUCACUGGUAUUAUGUUAUCGCCGUAACUCUUUACCAAUGCUUCGUCAAGUGCUAAAUCCCACUGCUAGUUUAGUUGAAUUCUUACAAACAUCAUCUUAUAAUAAUGAUUUAAACGAAUUGAUAUUAGAUUUGUUGUUGGGUAGUGACACUAGUUUUCUAUUGUACAUUAUGCGAAUGUUGAAAUUCAUAUGCAAUAGGUGGUCAGAGUUUUGUCUUUGUUGUGAUACAAAAUUGCAAAGCACAAUGGCUACAUUGAUGGGCUUACAAACAAGUCUUGACCAACUCAUUAAAAAUGAUUUAACUCCAUACAAUCUUAAUCCAGUAUUACGGUUGUUAGUUAAAUGUAAUGAGUUGUAUUCGGGCGUAGCUGUAAUAAACAUUUAAAUGAACCCUAUUACUGUAUUAUUUUAACUUAUAAAUAUAUUUUUGAUAUUUAAGAAACUUUAUUUUUAUACAUUAGAAAUUUUAUUUUCCUAAUUUAAAGUUUUAUGUACCAAAAUCUAAAUUAGAUUAAGAAACUAUAAAUUAUUUUUAAGUAAAAUUUAAGUAUAGUGUACAGAAUUAACCUCUAUAUAGUCGAUAAAAAUAUAAUGUUGGUAACUUGUUUGUUACCAAUUUUGUAUUUAAUGGACAAUCGCGGGUCAUUAAAGUAUAUUUAAGGGACUAUUAGUUUACUAUCGAUUCAUUAAAUGCGACCUAAAAUAUAUAUUUUGGAUAUAAAUUAGAGUAUUUUAAUCUAAAAUUGUAAAAUGCAAAGUAAUUAAUUAUUGAUACUAAACCUUUUAUAUACUUUAGUGUAAGUAGGUAAUUUUUUUCAAUUAUUGAUUGUUUUAUUUUAUAGAAUUUAAUACAUUGCUAAAUAUAUUUGUAUAGUAAAGUUAAUCAUUGUUGUGAAUUAAAACAUUAAUAUAGGUAAGUUAGGUAUUUUAAUUAUUUAUUUUAGAUAAUAAAAAAUAACAAAAAGACUGAUACAUAGGAACUAUUUAAAUUAACUAGCAUAUAUUUAGGAAUAAGAAUUUUAGCCAAGUUUUGCCAUUGAAGAGAACUUUAUUGCAUAGUUUAUUUAUUAUAUAUAUUUUUUUAGUUAAAUCUACUAAUUUCAUAUUAUCUUAAAAAUUGUAGUCUUUUCUUGUUUUAUUCUUUGUUUUUAUAGUUUUACUUAGUUACUUAAUACAGUCCAAUUUCACUUCCUAUUGUUAGAGUGAUACAUUUAAAUGUAGCUUAGGAUAUAUUUUGAUUUGUACUUAUUUAUGUUAAAUGUUUUAGUUUUAAAGUUUUAUUAAUUAACUUUAAAGAAUUAUCUGUUUAUUAAACUUCUUUUGAAAUCUGUUUUAAACUAUUAUUCUAUUAUUUUUUCUUUUCUUUUCUUUUUUUCUUUGUAUUCUUUACAGUAAUUACAAAUCGAUAUUUAUAUGAAUAGAAAUAUUAUGUAUGUGUGUAUAACGUUUUAAUAUUUAAAGUUUGUAUAUUAUACCAAUAUGUGAUAGUCGAUGUGUCCACCAUUUAUGAUAUGAUGACCCAAAGACAACAAACCAAAUGAAAUUAUUAGUCGUUACUGACAUUUUAUAUCGAGGAUUACACUAAGAACAAUUUAUUUAUAUUAAUAAUGAGUAGAAUAAUAUAGAUUAUAAAAUUAUUGAAAACGAAAGACAAAACAUUGUAUUAGUAUAGAUAUAUAACUCAAAUCUUAUUUUAAUAUUUAGUAGGUAUAUAAUUUAUUUUUAUGACACUAUUAAUACAUUUUCAUGUUGUAAGCCUUUAGUUACUUAUUAUCGUUACCAUGCAUCAAUUUAUAUCUAAAAGAAAUACAUUUUUGUUUUCAAUAUGAACCAUAUGAACUUAGAACAAUAAUUCAUCAUUCAAGACUUAGUCUUCAAUAUUACUAAAUCAAUAAAAUAAAAAUAAUACUAGGUAAAUAUUAAAUGGUCUAUAAUAGAGGUAUUCAAAUUUUUUCAUCCCAUUAUCCAUUCUCUCUUUACAAAAUUUUGACAGCUUUCAAAUUGUUAUUAAUACAAAAAGAUAAUAUUUUAACGUUUUAGAAAUAAUAGAAUAAAUUAAUAUUCACAUAUUGGUAUAAUGCUGAGGUUUUUAGUCUGAGAUUUAAUGUAUAUGUAUUUCUCUUACAAAAUAUUCCUAAAAAAAUGUAUUUCUAUUAGUUUAUUUAUUUGUUAAUUUAUUUAUGUAUUAUUUUGUAAAUCUAUUCAUUUACUAUAUGUUAAUAAGCAAUUAUUAUUGAAUAUGACUUUUACUUCAAUUAUAAUUUUAGAUGUCUAUUAAAAUGUAAAAUUGAAAUGUAUUAUGUAUGUAAUAUUACUGUUUUAUAAAAUCACACUUUGUAUAAUUAAAUAAGGUAAUUAUUAGUGAAUUAUGUUGUAAUUGGUAUAAAAAUAAAUAAACAUUUUUUUUAUAA